AUGGGCUGUUCAUAUUUCUCUGUAGUUCAGGACAGGCUCAGAUUCAUAUUUCUCUUUAGUUCAGACAUCCCCACACAGCCCCAUGCAGCCCCACACAGCCCCAUGCAGCACCACACAGCCCCAUGCAGCCCCAUGCCCCAUCCACCACACAGCCCCAUGCAGCCCCACACAUCCCCACAGCACCACAUGCAGCCCCAUGCAGCCCCACACAGCCCCAUGCAGCCCCACAGCCCCAUGCAUCCCCACACAGCCCCAUGCAGCCCCAUGCAGCCCCAUGCAGCCCCACACAGCCCCAUGCAUCCCCACACAGCCCCAUGCAGCCCCAUGCAUCCCCACACAGCCCCAUGCAGCCCCACGCAGCCCCAUGCAUCCCCACACAGCCCCAUGCAGCCCCAUGCAGCCCCAUGCAUCCCCACACAGCCCCAUGCAUCCCCACACAGCCCCAUGCAUCCCCACAGCCCCAUGCAGCCCCAUGCAUCCCCACACAGCCCCAUGCAGCCCCAUGCAGCCCCAUGCAUCCCCACACAGCCCCAUGCAUCCCCACACAGCCCCAUGCAGCCCCAUGCAGCCCCAUGCAGCCCCAUGCAUCCCCACACAGCCCCAUGCAGCACCACACAGCCCCAUGCAGCCCCACACAGCCCCAUGCAGCACCACACAGCCCCAUGCAGCCCCAAACAGCCCCAUGCAGCCCCAUGCAGCCCCAUGCUCCCACCAGCCCCAUGCAGCCCCAUGCAGCCCCACAGCCCCAUGCAGCCCCAUGAGAUCCCCACAGAGCCCCAUGCAGCCCCAUGCAGCCCCAUGCAUCCCCACACAGCCCCAUGCAUCCCCACACAGCCCCAUGCAGCCCCACACAGCCCCAUGCAUCCCCACACAGCCCCAUGCAGCCCCAUGCAGCCCCAUGCAGCCCCACACAGCCCCAUGCAUCCCCACACAGCCCCAUGCAUCCCCACACAGCCCCAUGCAUCCCCACACAGCCCCAUGCAGCCCCAUGCAGCCCCAUGCAUCCCCACACAGCCCCAUGCAUCCCCACACAGCCCCAUGCAGCCCCACACAGCCCCAUGCAGCCCCAUGCAUCCCCACACAGCCCCAUUCAGCCCCAUGCAGCCCCACACAGCCCCAUGCAGCCCCAUGCAGCCCCAGUCCCAGUGUACCUUGGCAAUUGUGAAUCUGACAGCUGCUGCUGAUGAGCUGGUUGCUGACGAGCUGGUCCUGGGACUGGCUGCUGACGAGCUGGUCCUGGGACUGGUUGCUGACGAGCUGGUCCUGGGGCUGCCUCCACCAGCACCAGCCUCCACUAACAACCAAUCACCACCACCACCAGGCUCCAACAACACCAGGCUCCACCACCACCAGCCUCCACCAGCCUCCACCACCACCAAUCUCCACCAAUCUCCACCAGCCCCCACCAGCAGCCUCCACCACCAGCAGCCCCCACCAUCCCCCACCAGCCUCCAGCCCCCCAGCCUCUACCAGCCUCCCCCUCUACCAGCCUCCACCACCAGUCUCCACCAGCCUCCACCAGCCUCCACCAGUCUCUAG